AAAUGCCUUGCCUCAUCUCAAAAAUUUGAAAUUUGAUACUUGAGGCCAAUUAAUUGUGACUGAUCGUUAAUCGUCGCCCUAUGGUUAGGUUUAACAUUAACCAAUCGAAAUGUCAAACAAUUUAAGGGCCGGGUGUGUGCGCCUUGUUCAAACCUUCAAUAAACAAUUAAGUUGUCACCACACUAGAUCAAUUCGACAUUACAUUUGUUUUUCCACGAUAUUGCGCAAUGAAAAAUCUCAAUUCUCACUUGAAAAAAUACUUAAAUGUCUGAACAUUGGGAUAUUAUCCCGAAAAUAUUCGACAACGACAAAUUCCAACAACAGAUAUGAUCUAGCCAUAGUAGGUGGGGGCAUAAUAGGUUUGGCUACUGCUCAGGAGAUGAUAUCCCGUUAUCCGACUAUGAAAAUUGUCGUGGUUGAAAAGGAAGGCGAGCUGGCAAGUCAUCAAAGCGGUCAUAAUAGUGGGGUAAUACACGCCGGUGUUUACUACACGCCCGGUACACUUAAGGCUAAACUCUGCGUGCAGGGCGCUAAAAUGGCUUAUGAAUUUUGUGAUGCCAACGGGAUUCCUUACAAAAAAUGUGGUAAGCUCAUAGUCGCCGUUGAGAUUAAAGAAUUAUCCUUACUCGACAACCUCAUGGAACGAGGAAUCAAGAACGGUGUGCCUGGGAUCAAAAUGAUCGAGGGAAAAGAUAUCUCUUCCAUCGAGCCUCACUGUAAAGGAUUAAGAGCCAUUCAUUCACCUAACACGGGAAUCGUAGAUUGGAAACGCGUGUCCCAAAAAUAUGGCUCUAAUUUUAAACGAGCCGGUGGAAAAAUUAUUCUCAACUACCAAGUCAUCAAUUUUAAAAUGAAUCCUGUCAACUCUGAUUACCCCAUUUUAGUGAGAGGUGAAAUGGGUCAAAAUAAAGGAAUAAAGGAUAUUCAAAGCAAAUACGUGAUAACUUGUGCUGGUUUGUAUUCAGAUAAAGUUGCCGAGAUGUCGGGUUGCUCUUCAGACCCUAAGAUUGUUCCAUUCAGGGGGGAGUAUUUAAUGUUAAAGCCUGAUAAGCGCCAUUUAAUCCGUGGAAAUAUAUAUCCAGUUCCGGAUCCUCGAUUUCCUUUCUUAGGGGUUCAUUUUACCCCACGAAUGGACGGUAACAUAUGGUUAGGUCCUAAUGCGGUUCUCGCGUUUAGCCGUGAAGGUUACUCUUUUCGCGAUAUAAAUUUUGGAGAUAUGUUAGAUUAUCUCAAAUUCUCUGGUUUUCGUAGCAUGUCCUAUAAAUACCUUGGGCCGGGAAUAAAAGAGAUGUAUGGAUCCAUAUUCCUUAGCGCCAAAAUUGCGGCUCUAAAGCGAUACGUACCUGAGUUGAAAGCGAGCGAUGUAAUGCCUGGACCGGCCGGCGUCCGAGCUCAGGCUUUGGACACUAGCGGUCAGCUCGUAGACGAUUUUGUGUUCGACAGUGGAAAAGGUGUCCUUGGAGAACGCACUCUACAUGUGAGAAAUGCUCCCUCUCCUGCCGCUACUUCUUCCUUAGCCAUAUCUAAGAUGGUUGCUGACAAAGCCCGUGAAAAGUUUAAACUCGUCGAACCCUUAAAAAAUAGUCAUUAACUAACGAAUUAAAUUAAGAUAUUUUACUGUAUAAAUGUUAUUUAUACUUAAAAUUUUAUUAUGCGGGUGAAUAUUUUAGCUAUGUUUAUUAAAAAAAUGCCAUUUUUCAGGAAAUUUACAAAAAAAAAUUAAUUAUAUAUUUUAAAUUUAUUUAAUGAUAUUUAUUUUAUAUUCAAAAAUGAUUUUUAAUGGUAUUAUUUACUACAUUUUG